AUGGCAACUGCUGCUAACGAAAACAAUGAAAAUCCAAUACCCAGUUGUUUAGGAAGCUGCAGUAAUUAUGAUGAAUUUAUGGCUGCCUUCAGGGUUCUUGUUGUUGAAGACGAUCCCACUUGUCUUUUUAUAAUCAAAACUAUGCUCCAGAAACUAUACCAAGUUACCGCAUGUCGUCGAGCAAAGGAUGCUUUAUCUAUGCUUCGGGAGGAUAAAAACAGGUUUGAUAUUAUCAUAAGUAAUUUGCGGAUGCCAGAGAUUGACGGCUUCAAGCUCCUUGAGAUUCUUCAGUUGGAGUCCGUGGAUUUGCCUGUUGUUAUGAUAUCGGCAGAAGAUGGAAAAGAAAUUGUUCUCAAGGGUAUCAUCCAGGGCGCCUGUGAUUAUCUGGUGAAGCCUGUUUCCAUGGAGAGAAUAAAAGUCAUAUGGCAACAUGUUAUCCGCAAAAAAUAUACUCGGUUUAAAGAACUAAAGCAACCCAGAAAUGCAGACAAUGAACUUCUACAAAUUGAAGGAAACAGUCAAUCAUUGAAAAGAAGAUUAAAUGACGAUCAAGAAGACGAGGCCUUAGAGGUCACCGGCGGAAAGAAGCCACGGGUAACUUGGACACAGGAGCUGCAUCAGAAGUUUGUCACUGCUGUGAAUCAACUGGGCCGUGAUAGGGCUGUUCCUAAGAGAAUCUUGGAACGCAUGAAAGAGAUGAAUGUUUCUGGUCUCACUAGAGAAAAUGUGGCUAGUCACCUUCAGAAAUACCGUUUGCAUCUUCAAAGGCUAACAGAAUCUCCACAUGAGAUUGGGCAAUCCCGAGCCUACAUUGAUCCUGGCAAAUCAAUUUUUGGGCAUUCUUCUUUAGUAACUCCAAUUUCGGUGGUGCCAAGUGUUGCCAUCCCAGAAGCCACUGGAUUUGACUCCAGAGGAGUUGGCUUGCCUUACGUUGAUCAAAGGAACCUCUAUGACUCCAGAAGUCCUGAAUCAAGUUUUUAUUCUGUAACUGAUUUGUCUAUUAAUAAUUAUCCUUCUAGGAGUACUGCUGCAGUAAUGGCUCCAUAUAUAAAUUUAUUGUCCCCAGCUGAGGAACUUGAAUAUAUGCAUCUGACAGACACUGCUCAGACUUCUACAAACUCAUCAAUGGUUGAGUUUAAGGGUGAAAAUAUGUGCCAGUUUAUGCCUGAUCAGUCUUUACUUCCUAUUGGGUACUAUGACGAUCAAGAAGCCACCUUGAACGGUCCACUUUUGUAGAAAGGCAUGUGCUAGCUGAGAUUGACUCCCAACUAAUUCUUCUCUGUUAGAGGCAUCCCACCACCCAGUCUUCUUGAAUCUUCAUUUCGCGUAUGGUUCUUUCUUUUCUUCUUUAAUCCUGAAAGAACUUCCGAGAAUUGAAUCUUGAAUCUGUUAUUGGGAUUUAGAAUCCCUGAA